AUAGAAAUGAAAUGAAUUGAAUUCCCAACUUUUGAAAGCAGCAGGAGGCUAUUACCGUAAUUUGGACUUCUUCUUCUUCAUUCCCUCCUCAACUAACCAAGCCCAUUACCAGACAGACCAUAUUUAUUUUUUCGUUAACGGUUACUUCUAAGCCUCAAAAAACUCGUACCAGAACCCACCCUUUAACCUUCCUUAUAUAGCCUACUUCUUCUCCUCCUAAACUCAUUGAACCCAACUCCUCCAAAUCAAAUCACUUGUUGUACUUGUUUCUAAUCUUUCGCCAUGAAAAGGCAGAAGAUGACCAUUGAAUUCGAUGACAACAACAGCAACAAGAGCAACAACAACCUAUUUGAUCUCCUCUCUGAAGAGAUUGUUUUCGCUAUCCUGGACUUGCUUAACACCAACCCACUUGACAGAAAGUCAUUUAGUUUAGUUUGCAAGUCUGUUUACAAUCUAGAAUCCAAGCACCGCAAAACUCUCAAGCCUCUCCGCCAAGAACACCUCCCAAGAAUUCUCAACAGAUACCCACAUAUCUCCCACCUUGAUCUCUCCCUCUGUCCUCGAAUUAACGAUAACUCUCUGACGGUCAUCUCCAAUGCCUGCAAGGAUUCGCUAAGGUCUAUUGAUCUGUCGCGCUCCAGGUUCUUUUCCUAUAAUGGGUUGAUGAGUUUGGCUUUGAAUUGUAAGAAUUUGGUCGAUGUCGACUUGUCGAACGCGACUGAGCUGAGAGAUGCGGCGGCUGCGGCGGUGGCGGAGGCCAAGAAUCUGGAGAGGCUUUGGUUGGGGAGGUGCAAGUUGAUUACGGAUAUGGGUAUUGGAUGUAUUGCGGUUGGGUGCAAGAAGCUAAGAUUAAUUAGCUUGAAAUGGUGUUUAGGUGUUACUGAUUUGGGAGUUGACUUGAUUGCUGUCAAGUGUAAGGAGAUUCGCAGUUUGGAUCUCUCUUAUUUGCCUAUUACAAAUAAGUGUUUGCCUUCCAUUUUGAAACUCCAAUAUCUUGAAGAUUUGGCUAUGGAAGGAUGCUUUGGUAUUGAUGAUGAUAGCCUUACAGCCCUCAAGCACGGUUGCAAGUCACUGAAGAGACUUGAUAUGUCAAGUUGUCAGAACAUUAGUUAUGUCGGUUUGUCUUCCCUGAUCAGUGGUGCUGGAGGUUUAGAGCAGCUGACCUUAGCAUAUGGCUGUCCUGUCACACCAGCGCUUGCUAAUAGUCUGAAAAAUCUUUCAGCAUUGCAAUCUGUCAAACUAGAUGGUUGCAUGGUUACCUCUGCUGGACUGAAGGCCCUUGGAAAUUGUUUGAUAUCACUAAGGGAGCUGAGCCUAAGUAAGUGUUUAGGGGUGACAGAUGAAGGUCUCUCCUCUCUUGUAACAAAACAUAGAGAGUUGAGGAAGCUAGACAUCACAUGUUGUCGCAAGAUAACUGAUGCUUCUAUUGCUCACAUUUCAAGUUCAUGUGGAAACCUCACUUCUCUCAGAAUGGAAUCAUGCACAUUGGUUUCUAGAGAAGCAUUUGUACUUAUUGGACAACGAUGCCAGUUUCUUGAGGAGCUUGAUUUAACAGAUAACGAGAUAGAUGAUGAAGGUCUGAAGUCAAUUUCUAGAUGUUCCAAACUUUCCAGCUUGAAAUUAGGAAUUUGCCUAAACAUCAGUGAUGAGGGACUUGCUUAUAUUGGCAUGCACUGCUCAAAACUCACUGAGCUUGACUUAUACAGGUCUGCUGAAAUAACAGAUGCAGGAAUUUUAGCAAUUGCUUCUGGUUGCCAUGACCUGGAGAUGAUUAAUAUGUCCUACUGCAGAGAUAUUACUGAUAGUUCAUUGAUAUCACUGUCAAAAUGUGCGAGGUUAAAUACCUUUGAAAGUCGAGGAUGUCCUCUGAUCACAUCUUUGGGUAUAGCAGCCAUUGCUGUCGGGUGUAAGCAACUUACUAAGUUAGACAUAAAGAAGUGCCACAAUAUUGAUGAUAAUGGGAUGCUUCCACUUGCUCACUUUUCGCAAAACCUCAGACAGAUUACUUUAUCAUAUAGCUCUGUCACAGAUGUGGGGCUCUUGUCCCUCGCUAGCAUCAGCUGCUUGCAAAACAUGACUGUCUUGCAUUUGAAGGGCUUGACUCCAAGCGGAUUGGCAGCUGCCUUGUUGGCAUGUGGAGGACUAACAAAAGUGAAGCUCCAUGUGGCUUUUAAAUCAUUGCUUCCCCACCCACUAUUUGAGCAUUUGGAAGCACGUGGUUGUGUAUUCGAAUGGAGAGACAAACAGUUCCAGGCUGAAUUGGAUCCCAAGUGCUGGAAACUACAAUUGGAAGAUAUGAUUCCAUAAAGAAUUUGACGUCUGUAAUUGAAUAGAAGCCAUCACUGCUGCAAGGACUGAAGAAGGCCAAGUCCAUGAAUGUUGAAAUUCCAGGAGGAUGUGAUGUGCUUGUUCAAUAUUUGGAUUUGAUGUAAUGAUCAUAUAUAUAUAUAUAUAUAUAUAUAUAUAUAUGUUAGGCUUUUUGAAGUGCAGCGUAUUCUUGUUACCCUUCUACGCUAUUGGAAAUUAACAGCUUUGAGACAAACGCCAGUCUUGUGUAGGGUUUAAAAUGAAACCCAAAAUGGGUUGGAAAUUAUCCUUUUGAAAAUGUAUGUUCUUCAUUCUUUCCAA